AUGGAGGAGACUGGAGAGGAAAUCAGCCAGGGUCCGAAGGGUGGGUGGCCUCCAGAUCGAGGCAGACAGGCAUUGAUCACUGACUUUCUGAAACCUCAGGUAAGGGAGAAGGAGGGCGAAUCCCUGCCUGAGCAUCCUAUGAAUGAACCAUUCUCGGCUGAGCAGGAUGUGGCUGAGGAGGGUCUCCCAAAGAUAAUAGUUCCUCAAGAUGCCUAUGAGGAACGACUCCAGGGCUUCCGAUUUUCCUUGAUUGGCAGAGGAAAUUUCAAAUUCAUAUCUAUGGAUGACAUCCGCAAGGAAGCGAGAGAAACCUGGAAUCUCAAAGGCGGUGUGAAGAUGGCUCCGAUGGGGAAGGGUUACAUCCUCUUCAAAUUUGAAAAGGAAGGUGACAUGGCAGCACUGUGGCGAAGGAGCCUUACAAGAGUCGCUGGUCACGUUCUCCGCUUCCAGCGAUGGAAGCCUGACUUUGAUGUGCAUGCGAAGAAUAUCAAUAUUAAGCUCGUAUGGAUCAGAUUCCCUGAUUUUCCUCUUGAAUAUUGGCAUGAGAAGAUCCUACUCACUAUGGCUAAGGCUGCUGGGAGACCUAUUGCGCUAGAUAGAUGUACUCGAGCGACUUCCAUGGGAUCUUUUGCUCGGGUCCAAGUGGAGAUCGAAAUGGGAGCAAGCAGGCCUGAGGAGAUUCAAGUGGAGAGACGUCAACCAGGAAUGGGGGAAAUUUUCUAG